CCACAUUAUUACGUAGCUAUCGACAGGAGAUAACAACUGCCCUUUCCACUUCACCAACCACCCCUACCUUGGACUUUAGACAUGAUAGAAAUCCUCAUAAAUUUUAUUUUUCCGAAAAGACGCAUUUUGCGAACGUAGUAACGAUCGAUACCCUGUAUCCAAUUGCCUCCCUUAUACAUCCUCCCAUCCUACUUUGCAAACACCCGAGAGACGCGCCCAAUUGCCCCACGCAUGAUUUUGUCAACAUAACAUACAAUCCCACCAUCGAACCGCGACAAUCCGACUUACACGUUAUAAUACAUCAAUAAACUAGCUUGAAUACAUCACGAAGCCUCGAUUCUCUCCUUCAUGGGAAGCCUUUGCCAUAUCUGAAACCUUCCCACCGCACCGGUCGACUAGAUACAUCCGCGCGCCAUGGCUCAUGCCUGGCUUGACUCGCUUUCGGAGGACUGGGUGUCCCAACCUGGAUCCGACGCAUCGCAGAACCAAUUGCCGAACCUUUCCAAUUCUCGAGCCAGUACGAAUCGCAGAAGUCUACACGAACCCCUCAGUCGCAUACCUAGGUUCAAUGCUGGGGGCGCUGCGGCCAAGAAAUCUCAACAAACGGCGCAUAAUAGCAGUGCUAUAAAUAUUCUAAGCGAACGAAGUUCAAACGAGAUUAAUAUUCGAGGUGCACAGCGUGGUCUCUCGAGAACAUCACAAGAAUCUAAAACAUCAGAACGGGGGCGUCAUAUUAGUCGUUCGACAUCUGGUUCUACUGCUGCUUCUGUCGUUCAUAAUACCGUUCAACACAGCAAAUCUCAAAGCGCUUCUCCUUCAAAAACUAAAGAUAGUAUACCGGAAUGGAAGAGACGGUUGGUUUUGGGAGAAUUAAACUAUGGGGAAUCGAAAGAUCUAUUUAGUUCGGCAGGAACGGGCUUGGAAAACAUCUUCCGGCCUCCCAACGCGCAGGAUUCUACAGGAGAUGAAACACUUGGUAAUGAAGAAGAAGGUGUUGGCGAAACAACAUUGCCAUCGAGUCCCCCGCCGUAUAUGAGACAUUUACAGCGCCAAACACAUGAAGACGAAAGCUUUGAUCCAUCUGCCAACGAAUCUCUAAUUCGACAACCCGCUCCGCCCGCUAAAAAGAUGAUGUUUCGAAGAACGGAAGAUGAGGAGGAAGGACAAGAGCCAAGUAGAAGUGAUCAAACUGCAUCCGACGACAAUGAUGCCGAAGAUGAAGGAACCAACGAGCCCAGUGAUGAAUCUAUUGCCUUACGAAAACCCGAUAAUGAGCUCGAUACGUCGCGGAAGGUUAGCGGGCAAAGCGUUAUAAGAAACGAAGAUCUGAGCCCGAUCUUGUUAUCACGACAUAACUCAGACGGAAAAGUGACAUUUGCCCCAGUCGAACUUCCAGCGGAUCAACUUCAAAAACGACUCGAGAAACUCCGAAGAAAUCAAAUGUUGUUGGAUUCAGAACCUAACAGUGGCCUAGAACAAGGACCCGCCCCUGUUGCUAAUGAGACCGAAAAUUUUGAAUCUACUAACGAAUUUGUCAAAAAUGGAGGAUUUCUAAACAUUCAACGAGGCGGGCGCUCAGCUGAGGGAUCCUUCCGUCGACGUCCUCUAAGUCCGCCAUUAAUUCCCGAUACAUCAGACAUGCUUCCAGAGUCAUCCCUCCAAGCCAGCACCCCAAAGCAAUUUCCAACUGUGCGAAUAGAGCGUGUUGCGUCAGCCACCAGCAGAGAUGAUCCGAACUUCGCGGUUAGCCCCAUGAUACCCCGUGCGCCGCAUCCUAGUCCCGAGAAGCGAGAUCAACCGCCUUCGGGCCAAGCCGGUAGUCCCUUGAAGUUGUUUGGUCCGUACGAUACGUUCACGAACCAGACACUUCUUCGACGAAUAAGUCAAUUCGAGGACCAGAUGACUGAUAGCCCCUCACGGUCGAUGUUCGACGAAACUUACCCGGUAUCAACGCCAGCAGCAUCACCUUCCAAAUCCGAGAUAAAUAAGGGAUUCGUUACGGAGUCUAGUCCGAGAAAGUCGGCACAGGUCAGCUUCGGUUAUCCCGACAAUAUUAGCACUUUCGGAGCUGGAGAAUUGGAUGGCUACGAAUUCAGCGAAGAUAUAACUCAGAGCUCUAUGGAUCGUUCACAAUUUACCAAUAAGGAGAAUGUGGCGCCUGCAGACGACUCAUUACCGCCGAGUCAAUUUGUCAAAUUUCAAAUUCAUGAGGAUCUAACCUUGGAUGGCAAAUCUCUUGUAGUACAACGACGGCGUCAAAGGUUACCUAGCAGUGCGUUUUCUCCCCGGCGUAGUGUACCCCUAUCUAGGGCGCCCAAUAGUUCGAGACCCCAGAGUUCCUCGCACCCAUUAGGACCCAACGGUAUCGAGGCGACACCAAAAAGGGAUGGUUCAGACGGGAAGAGGCCGCGGACAUCGCCGUCAAAAGACCCUACCCCGAAGAGAAGAAGGACGUUACACCGAUCGGACAUCGCAUAUGGAUUAGAAAACCCACCUGUGAUAAUGGAUACUGUCCAAUCAUCACAUCGAAGUAUGCAAUCAAUUAUCGGAAAGAAAAGGCAUGGUUCUAGUGAAAAUGAACUACAGCGAGACGCCAGUCCAAGUAUUCUAGCAACACGUCCAAUUCUUCGUCCUCGAUCGCCAACUCCUGGUCAAAGGUCAGUUACGAUGGGUGAACGAAAACCACUUGCAAGCAUUAGCCUCGAUGCAGAUCUUCAGAAUAAUAUCUCAGAUAUUUCCAUCCAAGAUUUUGCCGUCGAUGGAUCAGGAAGGACAUCUAUGAAGACCCAGGACUUUUUUGAUGCGGCAGAGGAAAUCAUGGCUAUGAUCCGAAAUAAAGCUCGUCCUAAGAACGACUUGAGCAGUGUUGAGGAGUCAGAGGCCGAGAGUGCCGAACAGCGCAAUUCCACUACACCGAACGGAGAGGAGAGCUCGUUCCAAGAGUCUACGAAGGAACCAUUCUCGCGACCUCCCAGUCGAGAAGGCCCCCCUUUAACUAGAGCACCAACCCGCCAGGAAGACCCGGAGCUUGCAGAUCGAUUGAAGAAAUACGAGGAGGGUAGUGAUUUAGGCGAAAUCAUUACAAACUCGAUGCACUCUAUGGGGCGAAUUAGGGAAGCUAUCAAUGAGGCUAACAGCCUUAGUGAGUCCAUUCGUCAGAGUAUGCUUUCUGAUAAGACUUGGGAGAAUUCGCCUGAAGACCAAGAUGUUGUCAGCGAUCUUUCUAAUGUGAGGAUUUCGCGCAACCCGGACUUCCCCGAGCCUGGCGAAAAUCCGGUUGAGUAUCCCUCAAAUGGAUCGCGAAACUCGGGCGUUUCCAGCGCGCGUUCCAUUCCUACCGGCUCUUCUCGAGGAUCAGAUUCAAGAAAACUCAUUGCACCGGAAGUGGUCACUCCUCUGAUUGGCAAUCAAGUGGGUAAUAUGGUGUUCGAUAAAGCGAACAAUGUUUGGUACAAAGUCAGACAACCAAAGCCUACUCCGGAUGGGAGAAAUAUUUUACCAUCCGAAGACAGCGAGGACCCAUUUGCGAGCAUUCCAGAUCUCUCGGUGGACAUAGCAAGGGAGACACAGAACCUUGGGGUUGAUGUGAGACAAAACACCGAAGACGAUGAAACCCAGCCUCUACAAGAAGAUGAAUCACCAAGGCCUUCUACCGCGAAAUCGUCUACCACUGCGCAUGAGUCUUUCGACAUUCAAGACCCGACAAGUUAUCCAAAAGACACUUUGGAUCAACUGAGGGAGAGAGUAGUUGAAACAGCGGUCGAAGACGACAAGGAAAUUGAACAUGAGAUAACAAUUCAUGAAGAUCGAAUGCAAAAAUCGAGUCCUUCACGGAAAAGAAAUCUUACUAUUUCAUUUUCGUCACCUAUCGCUUCUGUUAUACAAGAUAUUGCGCAUCACUCGGAUGAAGAAAACAAUGGCGGUCAAGAAUUUGAAUCUUUAAAUGAAGCAGUGGAACACGUGGCCCCCACCGAUUCGCUCAAGCGUGGACGACGAUCCAAAUCACCAAGAUCUGUUGGUAAUUCGGCUACAAAAUCCAGAUCUCGAAGUCGUUCGGGAAGAAAUUUGUCGGUCAAAGGGCAAGAAUUUAUACCAAGACCGGUCUCCAGAAUUGACGAAGGGGACGAGGACGCAAGUGGGGAACACGCCGCAACGUCGGAAGAGCGACAGGUCAGUCUGCGCGGGGAAUCCAGCAUCGUCUAUCCCGAGAGCGAAGACAAUCCGAACACCAGUUUGAGUGUCGUCUUAACUACCCCGGCCGCCACGAAGAUUUCACCGGAUUCUGCGACACCAAUUAUUGGACAGUAUGUAGGCACAUUAUCGUUGAGCCCUCUAUCCGAUUUUACAAUGCACCACGGCGAUCAGUCUUGUGGAUUGGAGGUUAGCUAUGUUGUCGGCGAUCGUUAUCUUGCGACCGGAGAUGGUUCCAAAAAGAUUAUGUCCAAGGCGAUCGCAAACCUCGUCGAGAAAAUUACUGAAGUUGAGCCGUUUGAACCGGACUGGGAAGGCAUGCAGGAAUUGGAUAUUAACGACAAACAUUUAUCGACACUCCAUAUGCUCGAUGAAUUCUGCACAAACGUUGUUACUCUCAACGCAUCGAAUAAUUUGAUCGAGCAUUUGGAUGGUGUACCUGGAAGCGUCAGAAACUUGCGCAUCACAAAUAAUCAUCUUUCUGAGCUGACAGCAUGGGGACAUUUGAUGAACCUGCAGUAUGUUGAUGUGUCCAACAACCAAAUCAGCAGCUUGCAUGCUUUCAAAGAUUUGGUUCACCUACGAAGUCUUCGCGCCGACAAUAAUCAGAUUACCAGUUUGGAUGGUAUCAAGAUGCACGAUAGUUUACAAGUUCUCCGUGCAAGGAACAAUAAUCUCGAGGUGGUAAAUUUCGACGGCACAAAGCUACAGCGCUUGACCGAGCUAGAUUUGGAAAACAACCAGAUCAGUUCAAUCAAGGGCAUUGAGCAACUCACCUGUCUCGGCAGCCUCAACUUACAACGAAACAAUCUCACACAUUUCGGCCCAACAAUGAAUGUCGCGGUUCCCAACCUAAAAUACUUGACGCUUUCUAACAACGAGCUCACGUCCCUCGACAUAUCAAAAUUCCCUUCAAUCCGCCUCCUUCACGCAGACCGCAACCAACUCAUCACCAUAACUGGCUUUUCUCGUUGUCGCCGACUCGACAGCCUCUCGCUGCGAGAGCAACAAGGCGACAUUCCUCUCGAUGCAUCAUUCCUAGAUGCGGCUUAUGAAGUCCGCAAGCUAUUCCUCUCGGGCAAUCUUCUCACAACAUUUAGCCCAACAGUCGAUUUUCUCAACCUACAGUAUCUGGAGUUAGCAAACUGCGGCCUCGAACGCUUACCCCCGGACCUCGGACAAUUAACUCCGAAUCUGCGUAUACUAAACCUAAAUAUGAACGCCGUCGACGAUUUAACGGCAUUACAGUACAUCCCGCGACUAAAGAAACUCCUUGCAGCGGGUAACCGCCUGAGCGAUCCCGCGCACGUGGCAGAUGUCCUAGCAGAAUUCCCACAUCUUGCACGGUUAGAUCUAAGAGAUAACCCCGCGACGCUCGGGUUCUAUGCGCCCGUGCAAGCCAUCCCCACCACGCCCUCUAAAUCCCACGCUCAAGCACCAAAUAAAUCAUGGGUUAACGGAACUAGCAAUGGAACGAAUUGGAAUACAAAUAACGCCAACAUCGAUCCCUUUACCCUCCCUGACGCGGAUCCCGACCGUGAUAAUAAGUUCGCGAGUCGCUCGGAUAUGGGCACGCGCAUGCGCCGCCGCUUCUACGAGCUUGUGGUCUUGGAUCGGUGUCGUCGGCUUAAGAUGCUAGACGGCCUACCCGUGACCAUGGGCGCGACCGCGUGUAGAGGCGAUAAAGUAUGGGAUGCGCUAGUUAGAAGCGGAGUCGUGGCCGAGAGUCACGGGUACGCCGAUAAGAACGGCAUAUCUGAACUCGACCACGAGCGCCAGAAUGGAAAUAUAGAAGAGGAAGCUGUCGAAGUCGAAGCGGACUUGUGGUAGGGCUGCGAGGAUAGCUUUGGCUAGGUAUGGGGUGUUUGGAAUUAAUCCGGAUCAAACUAAACGAUUCUGUUUUCACUUCUAGCUUUGUGUUAUACAUGGAUACCUACUUGGCUGAGAAUUGGAACAGGGGAUAAGGGGACGGACGGGGGGUUACAAAAAGAAAAACUGGCGUUUUAUGGUGGAUAUCCUAUUUUAUUUUAUUACUUCUUUCCUUUUGAGCCGACUCGAAGAUGAGCGUUGUAGCAUUAGGGUAGGAGAAUGCAGACAGCAAGAAUGGCGUGCAUAGCAUAGGCAUCAAUGGCUUGGCAUAAAAAUGGUUACGCUAAUUAUGAGAGAUGAACAUAUUUCGAUUUCUAAUACAAUGCAUACUUCAUUAAAAGCU